UCGUGCGUGUGUUUGUGGUGCCAUGGCUGCUGCAGCGGAGUCUCGGAGCACAAAAUCCUCCGACCUCCGUCCCACAGGGCCGGAUUAAACAUCUCCACAUGUUUGUCCGGUGUUUCUCCCGGGUGCGUUCAGCGAUGGAAAACCUGAGGCCGGUGGUCCUGAGCGGGCCCUCGGGGGCCGGGAAAAGCACCCUGCUGAAGAAGCUGAUGGGGGAGUACGACAACGUGUUCGGCUUCAGCGUCUCACAUACAACCAGGAGCCCUCGGGCUGGAGAAGUAAACGGAAAACAUUACCACUUCGUGACGCGGGACGAGAUGCAGUCCAGCAUCGACGGCGGCGACUUCAUCGAGAGCGCCGAGUACUCGGGCAACCUGUACGGGACGAGCAAGGCGGCCGUGCACGCCGUCCAGAAGAACAACCUCAUCUGCAUCCUGGACAUCGACAUGCAGGGAGUGAAGAGCAUCAAGAAGACCGACCUGAAUCCCAUCUACAUCUCCAUCCAGCCGCCCACCCUGCAGACACUGGAAAAGCGUUUAAGAGACCGAAAAACAGAGACAGAGGAGAGCCUGCAGAAGCGCCUCAAAGCUGCCGAAGAGGAAAUCGCCUUCAGUAAACAGCCGGACGUGUUCGAUCACAUCGUCAUCAACGACAAGCUGGACGAGGCGUACGAACAGCUGAAACAAGCUCUGAUGGAGGAAAUAAAUAAGGUGAAGAAUAUCAACUCCUCUUCGUAGGAAUCGGCAGCCUCGACCACACUCCUCCUCACACCACAGACCUCCAUUCCACUCUCGUACAUUCCCUCCGAUAAACACAGCGUUGCCAUCCCCUUCACACAUCAUACAAUCCCUGUUCGGCCGUAGCUUUUUGUUGCUAAAAUUUACAGACAUGACAUUGUUUUUUUUUUUUUUAAUGUUUUAAUUUUGUACUUAUGUGAAGAAAAACUCCAUCUUUUCUUACUUGAAACACAGCCAGCUCAUUCCAUCCACUGGCAGCUGCCACACACACCUGCCAGGAAUUCCACCUCUGCAGCAUCAAGCGAGGCUUCCGUUCAACUCCACGUUUGUUUUGAGCUGGACUUUGUCGUACCCACGUGUUUGCUAAUAUUCUGCCUCUCGUGUCCGUAAACUCGUCCGCGGGGAACGAGGCGGCACCAAACAGGAAAAUGAUUCCAGCUUUAGUUUGGAAAAAAGAUUUCUACUGUUUUUGUUUGCUGGAUAACUUUAGAUAUAUGUUGUGUAGAGAUUUACAGAAGCUUUAUUGCAUCGGCACACCAAGAAAACAAUUGUUCUGUUUUUCUGAAGUAACGAGGAGUUUUUAUCCAAAAAAACAAUUAGUGGGAUUAUAUUUGUCAGAUAAAAGAAUUCUUUGGUUGUACUUUUUACUGAAUGAUAACAUUUGUAUUUUUUUUUUUAAUUUAAAUGCAUAAAAUUUAAUCAAAUCAUUGUUUAGCUCAGUGAUGCUCAUCAUUUAUUAUCAAUUCAGAUUAACAAAGCCAUAAAUUCUUAUUUUAUUUUUUUAAAAUCAUGAAACCCUUCCUCCUUACUUUCAAAGAACAGAGCAAAUUUUUUCCCUUUACAUGAAUGCAAUAAACCUUCGUGGAACAUAGCUGAAGUAGAACCUUUCCUUAGAAUUAAACUGACUCAUCUCUUCUCAAACUAUAGUGCGUCGUACAUUUUGAGGAAUAAAAUCUUAAUUAUCUUCCUGAAAAUGCACCAAAGGUCCACUUUUUGAAUGUUUUCUUGUUAAAGGUUCAACAUGUAAGAUUUAAGCAGAGCGAUAUUUGCGGGGGGGGGGGGGGGGGGGGGGGGGGGGCGCAGUGUCAACAUCAAUACAGUGACAUGCAAAUCACCUGCUGGUAUAAGGUGAUAUUUGCACAGAUUGGGCUGCUCUACACUCUCAGUAGUGAUUUUAAACUGUCCUGAAAGUUGCAAAAUAUAACUGGAGUCAGAACACAUAGUAGUGUGUAGCUGCCCGAUGUUCUCCAGCUUGUGUAAUCCCUUUAUCUACCACAAGGUGGUGUGUUGAGUCACUCAGAGGAACAGUUGGUGUUCUACAGUCUGACGUCUCAGGUGUCCCCCACGGCCUUCACUUAAAUAUUAGGUAUUGAUCCUUUGACACAGACUGACGUACACUUUGACGUAUUUUUAUCUUUAUCUUGAAGGAGGCAACAAUGGAGGAUAUUAAACUGUUUGAAAUGUGUAAUCUCAAUAUUGCUGGACUGUUUCCCAUUCUGUAACAUUGAAAAGUUUUGUUUUAUUUGUUUUUAAAUGUUACAGAUUCAAGCACAGGACAUUUUUCAUGUUAACUUUUUUAUUUUUUAAAUCGGACUUUCUGUUCUUUGAAAAUACUUAUAACCAGUCAUUCCUUUGUUUCUAAUAUGUAGAAUUUCAUAUAAAAAUGUUACACCGUGGUUUUUAAACACUUUACAGUCCUCUGAUUAGUCUGAACUAAUCUAAAAUGUGUGUGUUGUCAGAAAAUAAUCUUUCCCGUGUUUGUUUGUCUUCAGUUAAGUUCUGUUAUGUGUUGAAACUUCAAUAAACUCAAUGUGGUACACGACAAAGGAAAGAACACCA